AAAAUCUCAUUCAAAUAUUAAAGUUUCAAAAGUAAACUGCCACAAAAAGAACAGGCGAAAGAAAUUUGAUUUACACUUUUGAAAAAUAAACUCUAUCUUUAUAAAAAUGAAAUUAUAUUUGCGUUAUACUUAUCUACUUGCUCUUAUGAUAACCACGGUGGCAGUUACUCAAGCUGGUUACUUCUUAAAUGGCAUGUGUUAUGUAGAAACAAAUGGGAUAAAGAAGUUUAAAACAUCUUCUGGUUUUGACAUUUGUCCUGUUGGUACAUGCACCAACGUAACAGACUCUUGUGGUUACAACUGGUGCAACAUAUGUUGCGAAUCAUGUCACAUGUUUAAAGGACAACCACAAAAUGGAAAUUGGAGUAAUUGGACUACAUGGAGCGCUUGUUACGCUAACCAUACCAGUGGCAUUCAAUAUAGGUUUCGUACAUGCACGUCUCCGGCGCCAUUAUUUGGUGGACAACUUUGCCAAACAAAGAAUUUAUCGAGAAAUAAAUUGGAGUACGAGCAUCGCCAAUGUAACGUAAACUAUAUAGCCAACUGGAACAACUGGCAUGCUUGGAGUUAUUGCUUCACACACCGGGGAAAAGAGAUUAGAUAUCGACGUCGCACGUGUUUAUACUCCAUCCCUUUGAACGGAGGGCGUCUUUGUGAAACAAAGAAUUUGACACUUAGUGACGUUGAGGAGGAUUUGGAAAGCUGCAAGGCAGAACAGCCAUUAUGGAACUCGUUGACACUUGCUCUAUUGGCUGUUGUUAUCAUUUUGGCUUUACCUUUGGUAGGGUUGAUUGUGGUUGGAGUUCUUAUUUACAACGGCAGAUGGAAUAUUAGACAUCAGCCAAUAAUUCACAAAGACACAAAUGAACCAGCAUCCUACAUGGAUGGACAUGUUUAGUAUAAAAUUGUGAUAAAUCAAUGUCAUGUAUUGUGAUGAAUCGUGGUUCAUGUAAUGUCACUCAUGCUGUCACCACUAUGUUUGUACAAUCGUAGAAAGAACUUUGAAGGGUUAUAAAUAAUAAAGGAAAAUUAUAGAAUAGAACCUUAAGUAAAAAAUUGAACUACCAUAUUGCAUGAGUGUCCUUCCAGAAUUCAUCUCUGCAAUUUUAUCCUGUUGUAUACAAAUACUGCUUCACUUUAUUAACUGUGUGACUUGGUAAAUUGCGCAUUACCGUCAAGUCAUGACCAAAUAAGUCAGACAAUGACGAUCAUGAUCUUGAUUCCAAAAUGUGCAAGUUACUCGUGGUGCUAUGCUAAUCUUGCAUUUCCAAAAGAUGGUUUAAAAAAACAUUUUUUAUCAAUUUUUGGUAUUUUUAGUAUUCUCUUUUUUUUUCCGUAUAACUUCUCAAAGAAACCUUCAUCCAUGAUUGAUAUAGCUAUCGAAUUACACAAUCUAUGCCUUAUGAGCACUGCUUCUGUCUGAUUUUUUUUAUUUCCUUAACGGUAAACAUUCUUUUAAAUUAGAAUAUUGUUUACCUUAGUAUAUAUUUAGAAAAUGUAAAAUUUCAACCCUAAAUAGUUUUAAACAAGAUUGUUGGUAAAUUCA